GAAAGUUUAGGCACAUUUGACUUUGGCACACUAGUCCAUUAAAAUGGUUCUUUCCAAGCAAUAGGAUUUCAAAAUCUCCUGUUGAGCAAAUUUUAGAAAACAGACAGAUUAUGCAGGUUUUUUUGUUAGUGUAACUAAUAUAUAUUUUCAAAUGCCAUAAUUAAUAUAAAUAUUAUUUUUAUUACAAUAAUUGUGUAGAACAUUAUGUUAUUUUAAAUGCUUAUAUCCCAGACACUGCCACAGAUUCAGGCAGCAACAGGCAGUCCCAAGUGACCACUGUCAAUAUGAGCUCACAAGGACAACAUCACAAACAGCUCUCCCCUGUAACAGAUGCCCCAGUCCCCUGCGAUCGCUUCAGUGACAUUACAUCUCAUUAUUCAAGUGAUGAUGACAGUAGCUCUGACGGUAAUAUUUCUGAAGAAUCAGCAGGCCAUGUCCAGAAAAUGAGAUCAUCUCCCAAACUGAAGAAAAAUAAGCAUGCACAUCACCAUGGGAAGCACAGAUUGGAUGGAUGUCGUCAGUGGUUGGCCAACUUGUCUAUUCGAAGCAACCAAGACAAUCAAAGAGAAUAUGAAGAAAAUCUCAUGCGGCAAAUGAUUCAAGCUUUAACGCGGCGUACUUGUGGAGGCACUUAUGUUCGUCUUGAGCAAGAAUGGAAAGAAGCUGCGAAUCAUGGUCGUUAUUCUGGUCAGUUAGCCCGUCAAAGAUCCACUAAUUCAUUAUCUGCACGACUGAAACUUCGUGUAAGCAGGUGAUACAAAGUUCUACCAGUACCUGUCAUUCUAGUUCCUGUAUCACAAUUUCCGAUUGAAUCACUACCUCACUGUACCAAAAGAAGAGAGUAAACCAGUAAUGUUAUUUGUAUUUUUUGUUUUAAUAUACAUUUAUUAAAAAAAAGUAUUGAACAUUUGUCUCCAAAUGAUAGAAUCCUAAUGACAGUGGGUAGAUUUUCUCUAUUUCUAGAUACCAGGAAGGAUGGAAUUUGAAAACUUUUUUGUAACACAUGUAACAGAGAAUACAAAAUUGUACUGUUGAUGUCAUCAGCAACUCCAUAUUUUGUAUUCUGGGUUACUCAUUGUUUUUUUAAUGGUUUUAUAAAGGUUUUGGUAAGUAAAUUCUCAAAACCACCUGCAACCACACACACAAAACUCUAUAAUACUAGUUAUUUUAUUACAUUAAUUAAUUUUACGCCCUUUUAGUAAAUGAAAAUUAUGUUUGUGAUUUUCUCAAUUUUCCAAAUAUUAAAUGGUGUUUUUGUGAAAAUUAAUUUCUUUCAAUAAUUUUACUCUUUAAUAUUCAAAUAC